UUCUCAACUGAACUCCAACUUCCCAAAAAAAAAAAAAAAAAAAGAACCCUUCACUAACUGGACGGGCUUUUGAUACAUCACUGAUGGGAUUCAACAAAGUCCACUAAUGAAUCAUAUUUAAUGACUUCCAUGGCGCUCAUCCAGGCCACCCCGAUGUCUUUACAUCUUCAGGAUGCCCCAAAGGCUACCUGGAGCAACAACUCUGCCUUGCCCUUUUCCCAUCCCUCACUUUUCUCUACUCCCUCUGACCCAUUUCUCAGCUUAGAUCCUAGCAAUGAUUUGUUCGUAUUUAACGGCAGCUGCUAUAACUGCACUAAAAGUUCUUCAGGAUUCCUCCAUGGUUUGGCAGGAAUCUUUAUCCCUCUUAUUUAUGGGAUAGUCUGCAUUGUGGGCUUGAUAGGAAACACUCUGGUCAUCCAUGUUAUUGUCAAUUAUACGAGGAAUGAGUCGGUCACAAACAUCUACAUUCUCAAUUUAGCCAUUGCAGAUGAGCUUUUUAUGCUUGGUCUGCCCUUCUUGGCGGUACAGAAUGCUCUCCUCUCCUGGCCCUUUGGCUCGCUAAUGUGCCGCGUGGUCAUGACGGUGGAUGCCUUCAACCAGUUCACCAGCAUCUUUUGCCUGACUGUGAUGUCAGUGGACAGAUACCUGGCCGUGGUCCACCCCAUCCGGGCCUCCUGGUGGCGACGGCCCCACGUGGCAAAGGCAAUCAGUGCCACAGUUUGGGCAGGCUCUUUUGUGGUGGUGCUGCCAGUGGUGGUGUUUGCAGAUGUCCUGAAGGACGAUGGGAACUGCAGCAUCGUGUGGCCUGAACCAGAAGAAGUGUGGAAGACUUCGUUCAUUGUGUACACAUGCACUGUUGGCUUCUUCUGCCCCCUGCUGGUUAUCUCCUUGUGCUACCUGCUAAUCAUCAUCAAGGUGAGGAGUGUUGGAAAGCGAACGCAGACCUCAUCCAUUAGACGCAGGAAGUCUGAGAGAAAAAUCACCAAGAUGGUGGUGGUGGUUGUAGCCGUGUUCAUCUUCUGCUGGCUGCCUUUCUAUGCUCUCAAUAUCAUCAACCUCCUUGUGGUCCUGCCGGGAGACUUUAGGGGGCUAUACUAUUUUGUUGUUGUACUUUCAUACGCCAACAGCUGUGCCAACCCCAUACUUUACGGAUUUUUGUCUGACAACUUCAAGAGAGGCUUCAGAAAGGCCCUGUGCCGCACUUCACGCAGGGUAAAGAACAACGACAGGGCCGGCACAGAGAUACAGCGGCCAACAGAGGAGUGGGGCGGCAUUGUGCUUCAACGCCAAAGAAGUGAGGGAAUCACCAACAUACAUAUGAAAGACUGCAGUGAAAAUGAUGUGGCGGAGGACGUCACUGCAGGAGAGGGGGGCUCAGAGAUGGGAGAAAUACGCAGAACUUCACAAAAAAGUCACCACAAUAGCAUGAAAGAGUGCACAAAGAAACAAGGUGUACAGAGGGGCAAUCCUGGACUCGGUACAGAUUUUGAUCCAGAGGCAGUGUCUUCUAAUCCCUGCAAAGCUGCAGACAACUCUCAACAUGAAGAAUCCCAGUACAAAACCACUGUGCUUGAUAUCAGCUAUCUGUAACAGUUGUUACAUUUUCAGUGGAUUUUGGUAAAUGCAUUCUGUCUUAGGAGUGACUUCUGGACAUUAGUGUCAAACCCAUAAAAUGUAUCUGUAAUACAGUUUUAGGUAUGUAACAGACUGCAGUUGUUCUAAUGCUUCAGUAUAUGGUGUGAUGUGUGAAUUAUUUGACUUUUAACAAAUCAUAAAAGCAGUUGUUAAUCAAGAAAAUAACCUAGUAAAGAAGAAAUCCAAAUAUGUAUAAUGUCAGGAAAAACAAUGCCUUGGGAAAUGGCAAAAAUAAUUAUAUAGCUACUGCUGCAGUUGCUUUUUCGUGCCAAUUUCUCACUUACAGCCUUGAGAAUAAGAAUAUUUCACAGGCCGCGAUUCUUUUUAUCCAGCAGAAGCUUGGACUUUACAGCCCCAAGGGUCAUCAGAGGCUGAUGACAUUUGUGGAAGCCUCACUCACUGUAUCAUUAAAGACUAUCAUUAUGUACUGCAGCUAUGCUAAAGGAAAUGACCACUUCUUACAUUGGACUGGUUGAUGCAUUGUAUGAGUCAUGUCCCAGUGGGAGAUAACUAAUAACCCACUGCGAAAUGAAAAAUGUCAAGUGUUUGGUAGCUGUUUGAGUCUCUAUGGACAUGUCACUAAAGUACCUCGUUACAAGAGGGAAAUGUGCAUUAAUACAGUAGACGUGAGCCUCCAGAUAUAGUGAUGUUUAGUCGCUGUGCUCUCGUUUUUCAAAUGUGUCGUCUGAAAUGAAUUAGGAGAAGCAUGUCCUUUCAGUUUCCUGGUAAAUAAUCUUUAAAUUGUAAAUGAUAUAUUAAGACAAAACAGCAUUACUGAUAUCUUAAUGUUUUUAUUUAUUAAUUUUCAAGUGUGUUGGUUGUAAUAGUACUGGUGUAAUUUGUGAUUCAUUAUGAAUAUCUAUAUUUCAUUACUUAAUGUGGAUUACAUCUCCGUUACCUUGCCAUUGUUUCCUUAACAGAAAGAUGUGCUUUUUUUGUGCAACUUUGGUGAAGGACUAAAAGAAAGUGUUGUCUGAUGACUGCUAAAUAAAUGUUUAAA